CUCCGCUCACCUUAUUGUUCAGGGCUUGAAAAGACUGGAGUGAAGCCCGUGCACUAUAUAAACCCCUGUAAGAGAGAGACAGCCAGAGAAACAGCCAGAAAGACAGAGAGAGAGAGAGAGAGAGAGAGAGAGAGAGAGACCUGGGAGACCUGGAGUUUUUCCAUUGCAUUGGUUUUGAUUGUCAGCAGCUGCUUUAUUAUUAUUAUUAUUAUUAUUUUUAUUUUGAAACACUUCUAUUCUUCUGCUCGGUGCAGAGAUGUUGCCCGGCGUCAUGGCUCCUCCCGCCGUGUAUCCCAACCUGCUGUCGCUGCCUCGGACCCUGCGCUCGGCCUUCACGGCGCCGUCCGGCUUCCGGGUGGAGGAUCUGCUGCGCAUCGGCCGCGACACCUUCCCUACAGCGCGUCCGCCGCCCGCGAGCCCCAACGCCCGCGAGAGCACCCGCGUCUCCUCCGCUACCGACAGGAGCAGCUCACCGCCGCAGACCACCGCCAUCGGCACCGCCACACACACCCACACCCCACCUCACGCACACACCCACACUCACACCCACACACACUCCGACCCCGGAUACCUGAAGUUCGGGGUGAACGCUAUUCUUGCACCAGACACCAGAAACGCAUCACCUCCACCUUUGCUGCAUAGCAUGAGCCCCAAACACUUUCCCUUCCCCUACUUUGAGGCAUCAUUCCAUCCAUUCAUCAGAGCCGCUUAUUUCCCUGCUUCAAACUCGGUGGUUCCUAUACCGGGAACCUUCUCAUGGCCACUUUCGGCAAGGGGGAAGCCGAGGAGAGGCAUGCUGAGGCGGGCUGUGUUUUCAGACGUGCAACGCAAAGCUUUGGAAAAAAUGUUUCAGAAGCAGAAGUACAUCAGCAAACCAGACAGGAAGAAGCUAGCCGUGAAACUCGGCCUGAAAGACUCUCAGGUCAAAAUCUGGUUCCAAAACCGACGAAUGAAAUGGAGGAAUUCCAAAGAGAGGGAACUUUUGUCCUCAGGUGGCUGUCGAGAACAAACUCUGCCAACAAAGACCAACCCUAACCCGGAUCUCAGUGACGUCGGGAUCAAGUACGAGAAUCUUGAAAGGGACAUGCCACAUGGUGCAUUCUACCAUCCUCACAUAGGCAAAGAUCUUCAAAACGCUUCAGAUUCACUCCUCAGGUCUCCGUCAUACUCCAGCAAAAACUCGGACUCUUCAGAUGAUGAAGAAAUCACCGUAUCGUAGCCAGGAAACACAAAAAAAACAGACUGUGUGUCUAAUCUUCAGUUCUCCAAAUGGAAAAGAUCCUACUAAGGGGUUAGACUGAAUCAAGCUGACAGACAUUCAACCUCUGUAGAAAGGUUUUGACACCCACCAGCAGAGGGUUUCAUAAAUAUUAUGCAUCAGUAUUAAAAUUUCAGUGUUAAAGUGACUCAGAAGAUUUUUGACGAUUAUUUGUUGCUGGUUUGAUUUACAAUGCAGUUUAUCAAUUUUUUUUUAUUUGUUUAUUCCAUCACAGAAACACAUCCAUGUUAUUAAUGAGGCAGCUAUUAAGUAGCUACAUUUCCACACCGAACAAACAAAGAAAAAAGAAUAAUGAAUAUGCAUGAAAUAUUCAGGCUACUGAAUUAAUGCCUUUGAUUUGGCUGCGUUUUUGGCAGCUGUAACUUUUUGUAUAAUUUUUUUUUUACGAACAUAUUUGGAACUAUUUUGUAUAAAGCAUUUUAUAGCUGAACAAGAUUCAUACCUUUUCCUGAUGAUUCCUUUUUUUCCCUGUUUAGAUUUUCCAUGUUUAAUCUAAACGAUGUAGAUCCUAAAUGUAUAACUUAAGUCAUAUAUUAUUUUGUAUGCUGAUGUUUGUAAGGAUGA